GUAGUGAUUUUUCCUCUAAAAUGGCAUAUUUGAGACCUAGACGUAGCACUUUUUACGAACGCCCAAACUACAAACGCCAAAAUGAAAAUGAAAUAGAAAAAAACGAAACAGAUAGAGUUCAAAACUAUGACUCUUUUGGAAAAAUCUUUAUGUUUGGAGAAUUCGGUCCAAAUUCAGAACCCUCAAAACCGCUACAAAACUAUGAAAUAUUACUAAAACAGCAUUUGAGAAAUAAGACAUGUUUUGAGGAUGAAAAUUUUCCGGCUGAAAGAAUUGCUUUGGCCAAGUUUCCGAAAAAAAUAGUUUGGAAAAGACCCAGGGAAAUUUGCAAGAACCCCAAAUUUAUCGUAGAUGGGGCCACCCGUUUCGACAUCAAUCAAGGCCAACUGGGAGAUUGCUGGUUCCUUGCUUCUAUUGCGAAUUUAACAACAAACCCAAAAAUUUUUUCAAUGGUUGUCCCUGAGAACCAAAAUUUUUCGGAAAAUUAUGUCGGAAUUUUCCAUUUCAGAUUUUGGCAAUACGGCCGAUGGGUUGAUGUAGUCAUCGACGACAAAUUACCAACAAUCAACAACCAAUUGAUUUAUUUAAAAUCGGGUGAUUCGGACGAGUUUUGGCCCCCAUUGUUGGAAAAAGCAUACGCAAAGUUUUACGGUUCGUAUUUAAAUAUCGAGGGUGGGAGAAUUAACGAAGCUUUGGAGGAUUUAUGUGGGGGGCUUUCGGAAGUUUUUGAUACAAGAAAUCCAGAAAUUUAUGAAUUAAUCCAAAUGUCCUUCGAUAAAGGAUCAUUUAUGGGUUGCUCAAUACCAUCCCAAAAUAACGGAAACGAGACACGUCAAGAUGGUUUAGUUGUAAACCAUGCUUAUAGCAUCACCGGUUUGUAUACUUUACAAUUAAAAAAUGAAAAAAUUCAUUUGAUCAGAGUGAGAAACCCGUGGGGUGGUAACACUGAAUGGAACGGUCCAUGGAAUGACAAUUCCGAAACUUGGAACUUAGUUCCAAAAGACAUCAGAGACAAAUUAUGGGUCAAAAGAAACGACGGUGAAUUUUGGAUGAACUUCACCGAUUUUAAAAAGUGUUUCACCUUCAUCGAUAUCUGUCAUCUUAACCCCACUUUCCAAGUCAACAACUGGAAUGUCUACAUGUUUGAGGACUCCUGGAGGCCCAAAAUGCCCAAAAAUCAGUACUUUUUAACAAUCAGGGGGCCCAAUGAAGUACACGUUGUUGUCGGUUUAAUGCAGAAAUUUAGACGCGAAUUGGGACAAGACGAAUUGCCACUUGAACUGCUCUUAUAUCCGGUCCAGAAACAAUCAAAACGUGUGGAAUCGAAACGCGUAACCAUAACGGGUGAACGCCAGUUAACCGUCCGGUAUGCACUUUAUUCUGGAUCAUACUGUAUAGUACCGAAAGUGGCGGGAAUCGACGAAUCUGAAGCGAGUUACUUGUUGAGGAUUUAUUCGGAUUGUGGAGUAACAGCGAAAAAAUCACCAUUAUAAAUCGCUAAAUCGCUAUUAAUUAAUCAACUGCUUUAAUUUUUAAUUAAUGUUUUAUUGUAUUAUGAUUAUUCAACAGGUAAUUACACUACAUUUACUUUAAUUCAUACUGAAAGUAACAGUGAGGCAAUCAGUCGAAGUAUUUCAUUAGUUUACAAUAAAUAUGUUCUUGUGCAGUGUCUAGGAUAUUAAGUGAGUUGAAAAAUUAGUCUAAAGCUUCCUCGAGUGACACUUUUGCAAAAAAAUUCGUAAAUAAACUCGUGAGAAUUUUGCUCACGAUUGCAAUAUAACCACUUUUCACGUCAUUAAAAACUUUCUCCCAAUUAUCAUUAAGGAGUUGGUUUAUGUUAUCACCUAGUGUCUUAUCACCAUUGAACAAAUUGUCGAAAUUGAAAAUCACCCGUUCUGGGUUCACUUUCAGACCAGUUUCAGUGAUUUUGAUAAAAGUUUUGAUAUUUUUUCUAUAUUUUUCGAACUUGGAAACAGCAUCCACAGCUAAAUUUUCUGGAAAAAAAAAUAUUUCUUUUUAAAUAAAUUAAAAUAGAGAAAAAUACUUGCAACGACUUUACUUUUGCCGGAUCCCUUAAUCGGCAAAAGUAGGACUUUACCGUCUAGUUGAUAAUCACAGUUACUGGUAAUAUUCGGAAAAAUCCCUGUUACAAAUAGGAUUUUUUUAUCAAAAUCAAAUCUGCAAGAAAUUAUUUAUAAAAAAAAAUUAUCACUCAUACUUACUCAAAACGUUCCAAUUUCAAUAAAUGUAAUCCAAAAAAUUGACAAUUUUUAAAAUUUUGAUCAACUGCAACCGCUCCAGACCCUUGCCCUACUGUCACUUCCGGUACUUCAAAAGGGUUCAAAUUUGGAAUAUUUACACUUUCAUAAGGUCGAUUUAACUGAGAAAUGCCGUUUUGGGCCGCUUUUAGUAUACACUGUUUCAAAUCGGGCUGAUUUCGGUUACAUUUUUGGAAAUUUGACGCUAAAACUUAUCCUUUAAAUUGGUGAAAAUUAAAAAAAAUGUUUUCCUACGACCCUAACAGAAAGUAAGUUUUUCCACCGUAAUUCCAAAAAGAAAAGUAGCUAAUUACCCUUCAGGGGGAUUGAGAUAACUAAUUUUGAAGUGUUUCUUGCUGGGUUGUAGGAAAAAUUUAUGUAUUACAACGGGAAAGUGUCUUUUGCUCCCUUGGUGGUUACUAGCUUCAAACAAUAACCUCGAUCUGUGGGAGAAAAAGGUACAAUUUCCUCCCUUGUAAUUUAAAUAACUCUUACGUAAUUUCACAUUUUCACAAAAUGUAAACCACAAAACGAGAAGAAUUAAACGAUUCAUUUUGA